UCCAACCAUGACCUCCACAGAGGACGGCUCAUACGUCUCAUCUUCAACAAUGGAGCUGAAACAGCCAGCAUCCGCCAUGUCUGCACAGCCUCCUUCAAUCCCUCCUUUUCUUCUUCGUCUUCCUUCUGUCCUUCUCUGUCUUCUCAUCCUAACGUUCGACCUCUCAAACGCUCAAUUCUGCUACGACACGGGCAACUUCACGGCCGCCAGCACCUACGCCAAGAACCGUGAGCUUGUCCUCUCUUCUCUCCCUAGCGAUGUGACUUCGAAGGGUGGGUUCUACUCUGGGAAGGUAGGGAACGGCUCGGACGUUGUUUACGUGCUCAGUUUCUGCAGAGGCGACUCUUCAAAUGACAGUUGCUUCAAGUGCCUAAACUCUACUGCUGAAGAUUUGAGGAUCAAGUGUCCAAACCAAAAAGCUGCGGUCAGCUGGGGGACAGAAGAUCCUCCUUGCAUCAUCCGUUACGCUGAUGGUCCGAUGGACGGCGUGAAGCAGGCAUUUCCGACACUAACGUAUUAUAACACAGGCAACAUCACGAUGGAUCAGGAUCAGUUCGAUCGGACAUGGAGGAAUUUUACAGAGGAGCUGGCAACAAGGGCUUCAAUGGGGACGUCAGAGCUCAAGUUCAUAGGAGGGAGAACGGUGUUACCGAACACCCAGACCAUGUUCGCGCUGUUGCAGUGCAGCCCUGAUUUGUCUCAGAUUGAUUGUCGGGUUUGCUUGUGGGAAUGCAUAAACGAUUAUCAAGAUUGUUGCCAUGGAAAACGAGGCGGGGGUGUUAACAAGCCGAGCUGCAUUUUCCGAUGGGACUUGUACCCGUUUUUCCAGUCUGAUCCCAUCAAUCUGCUGCCAUCUCCGCCACCACCAACUGCAGUCACCAAGACCGACCCUGCUGCUCCUCCACCUGCAAAUGCACAAGUCACCAACGGUAAUAUCUCGAAGUCAUUACGCAUUGUGGUUGCUGUGAUAGGUUCAGCAGCUCUCUUUGUUGUGGUAAUUGUCUCCGUUUGUUGCUUGAUUAGAAGGAGAAGAAGUAAUCCAUUGAUGGUCUCAUCUGCAAAAGACGAGGUCAAAACUGCUGAAAGCUUACAAUUCAAACUAAGCGAGAUCAGGGCUGCCACAGAUUCCUUUUCAGAAGGCAAUAAGCUUGGAGAAGGGGGAUUCGGGAAAGUGUAUCGGGGUAGGCUUCCCAACGGGCAAGAAAUCGCUGUGAAGAGGCUAUCCCAAAGCUCAGAGCAAGGCCUCCAAGAAUUUAAGAAUGAGAUUGUGUUGGUCGCGAAGCUUCAACACCGGAAUCUAGUGAGACUGCUUGGAUUUUGCUUCGAAGAAGGGGAAAAGCUACUGGUAUAUGAGUUUAUGCCCAACAAAAGCCUCGACUACUUCGUGUUCGACCUUGAGAAAAGCAAACAAUUGGAUUGGCCAAGACGUUACAACAUAAUAUCAGGCAUCGCUCGAGGGAUGCUCUAUCUUCAUGAAGAUUCUCGGCUUCGAAUCAUUCACCGUGAUUUAAAAGCUAGCAACGUCUUGCUGGACAACAAUAUGAACCCAAAGAUUUCGGAUUUUGGCAUGGCAAGGAUUUUCGGAGUUGAUCAAACUAACGCAAACACUAGAAGAAUCGUAGGAACCUACGGUUACAUGUCCCCAGAAUAUGCGAUGCAUGGGCAAUUCUCUCAAAAGUCCGAUGUUUACAGCUUCGGCGUCCUCCUCCUCGAGAUCAUUUGCGGCAAGAGGAAUGACUACUACUACCAAUCUGAUGGAGGUGAAGCUCUCGCAAGCUAUGCUUGGAAACAUUGGAGGGACAAUGUGCCUUGGGAAAUCUUGGACCCGGUAUUGGGAGAAUCUUAUUCCAGAAGCCAAGUGCUAAGAUGCAUACACAUUGGCUUUCUAUGUGUUCAGGAAGAUCCGGCUGAUAGACCUACCAUGGCAAGCAUAGUUCUUGCGCUGAGCAGCCAAACUCUUAGUCUGCCAGUGCCACGGGAACCUGCCUUUUUCCUCCGAAGCUGGACGGAACCACCACAGAACAUCAUCGCAAAUGACCAAGGACAUGAUCAAAAUACCAGCGGCUCCACACCUUUGUCGGUCAAUGAAGUGUCGAUCACUGAACUCUCCGCUCGAUGAAGCACAUGAACAUCUAUUCAUGACAUGAUUUCAUCUGCUUCUGAAGCUAAUUAUGUGGAUGUUGCGUCCAGAAGUACUAUUUAGUUUUACAUGAACUGUUUGAUGAGUGCGGUUGUAGUCACUAAUAAACUGGUAGUAAAGCGGUUGUUUCCUUUUCUCUUUGUAUUAUGAACAACUUUUGUCUCUUAGAAAAAAAAAUUUAGUCAUGAUAAGAUAUUUAUGC